AACUGGGAUUCUUUGCUCCCUCCAAUUAAGAGAGAGAGAGAGAGAGAGAGAGAGAGAUGAAGCAUUGGAGUCUGCUAAUCUCUAUUCUGUUCCUAAUCCAAAAACAGUUGAUACCCAUUAUUCGAGUAGAAGCAGGGGAUGGGUUCAUCAAAACAAGAGGGGUGCAAUUUGUUCUGAAUGGCAGCCCUUACUACGCAAAUGGGUUCAAUGCCUACUGGCUAAUGUACGUGGCCACAGACCCAUCUCAGAGAAACAAAGUCUCCUCUGCCUUUGAAGAAGCCACGGGCCAUGGCCUCACCGUGGCCAGAACUUGGGCUUUCAGUGACGGUGGUUACAGAGCCUUGCAGGAAUCCCCUGGCUCCUACAAUGAGCCGACGUUUCAGGGGCUGGAUUUUGUGAUAUCUGAAGCGGGGAGAUAUGGGGUUAAACUGAUAUUGAGUUUGGUGAAUAAUUAUGAGAACUUUGGAGGGAGGAAGCAGUAUGUGGACUGGGCAAGAAGUCGGGGCCAAAACGUAGCAUCUGAUGAUGAUUUCUUUACUAAUUCUGUAAUCAAGGGAUAUUACAAAAACCAUAUCAAGACUGUUCUAACGAGGCGUAACAGCAUCACGGGAGUUGAUUACAAGGAUGAUUCAACAAUAAUGGCGUGGGAGCUAAUGAAUGAGCCUAGGUGUUCUUCGGAUUCCUCCGGAAGGACCAUCCAGGGUUGGAUUACAGAGAUGGCUUCGUACUUGAAAUCCAUAGACUCUAAUCACUUACUGGAAGCUGGUCUGGAAGGAUUUUAUGGAAAAUCAGCACCUCAAAAUGAACAAUACAAUCUGAAUUUCCAAGUAGGAACAGAUUUUAUUGCAAAUAACCAGAUACCCGGAAUCGAUUUUGCUACAGUGCACUCAUAUCCUGAUGUAUGGUUAGAAGGAAGCAGCGACGAAAGCAAGCUUUCAUUUUUGAACAGUUGGGUGAACGAUCACAUUCAAGAUGCACAAAACAACCUACAAAAGCCACUUCUCUUUGCUGAGUUUGGAAAAUCAUCGAAAGAUUCUGGUUUCAACACGAACCAAAGGGACACUGUGUUCAACACAGUUUACUCAGCAGUCUAUUCAUCAGCUAGGGGUGGUGGAGCAGCUGCAGGUGGCUUGUUCUGGCAACUACUAGGCGAAGGAAUGGACUCUCUCAGUGAUGGAUAUGAGAUAGUCCUAAGUGAAAGCUCAUCGACCGUUGGUUUGAUCACUCAACAAUCCCAAAAACUCAAUAAUAUUCGAAAAAUGUAUGCCCACCUAAGAAAUGUUGAGAUAUGGAAGAAAGCAAGGGAUACAAAGAGGGGUGGAGAUGCAAGACAUUGAUACCUCGCAAAGUGGUGAUCUAAAAUGAAGCUAGUGAUGUGGGAUGAAGUAUGCUAAGUUUAUGUUAGAUUUAAGUUCAAUGCUAUCUUAGAGAUGAUCUUUUUGUUUAUCCAAACGAACGGAUUGAAAAGUUCGUGUAAUUCUUUAAUGUAUGUGAAAACUAGUCUAUUGUAUACCUAUA